AUGAUAAAUAAAUCAGUUUUAUUUUUCGUAUGUUUAAUUUAUAUAUCAAUAUUAAAUAUAAAUCCUAAUCCAAUUCGAAUAUCCAACGAUAAAACAAAACAAAUACCAUUUUAUUUCGAUUCAAUUAAAAAAUUAAAUAAUCAUAUUUAUCUUCAAAAAGAUUUUCAAAUAAAAUCUUCAUCAACAAAUCAUCCUUAUAUUCAAUCAACAACAACAACACAAACAUUUAAUUAUAGAAAAAUAAUUAGCAAAUCGACCAUUAACCAUCAUAGAACAACAACAACAACAACAACAACUACAGAAAAUAAUCAUUCUUCUUCUUCUUCUUCUUCAACUUCAACUUCAACUUCAACUUCAACAAUAAAUCAAUAUGAUUAUGAUCAAUAUGAUCAAUAUAAUGAAAAAGGCGAUUCAAAAACAAGAAUUGAAGGAACUGAUAUGAAUAAUAUAGAAGAAGAUAAAAGAAAAAAAGAUUCUUUUAUUUGUCAUAGUUCAUCACAAAGAGAUAAUAUUAACAAAGAUAAACAAUUAAAAACUCCUCUUCCUCUUCCUCUUAUAUCCGAUUAUAAUCGAAAAGGUCAAACAACAAUAAGUAAACAACUUAUUAUUCUUGAUGUUUAA